GUUGACCUUCAAAACAAAAUUAAAAAUAAAACCUUAGAAAAUUAAAGCCCCAACAGAGAGAGAAAGAGAGAGGUUAGUUAGCUGAGCUCUCAUGGGACAUGAGACUAGAGCAACCUUGACGGAGGAGUACGAGGUGAAAGAUGUCCUCGGCCGCGGCGGCUUCUCGGUGGUGCGGCGGGGAAUCCGCAGGAGCGGCGGCGGCGGCGAGGGGGAGCAGGAGCAGGUGGCGAUCAAGACUCUGCGGCGGUUCGGGCCGUGCAGGCCGGAGAGGAAGGUCUCGGGGGGCCUGCAGCAGGCGUCCAAACACGCCUUGGUAUCGGAGUCGUUGCUGACGAACGAGCUGCUGGUGAUGAGGAAGAUCGUGGAGGACGUGUCGCCGCAUCCCAACGUCAUCCACUUGUACGACGUCUGCGAGGACGCCGCCGGCGUCCACCUCAUACUCGAGCUCUGCUCCGGCGGGGAACUCUUCGAUCGGAUUGUGGCUCAGGAGAGGUAUAACGAGGCAAGAGCGGCAAAGGUAGUUGGGCAGAUAGCGAAAGGGCUAGAGGCUUUACACAACGCCAACAUUAUUCACAGGGAUUUGAAGCCGGAGAACUGCUUGUUCUUGAGCAGUGAUGAAAAUUCUCCCUUGAAGAUCAUGGAUUUCGGGCUCAGCUCCGUCGAGGAUUUCACCGAUCCCGUCGUCGGACUGUUCGGUUCCAUUGAUUACGUCUCGCCGGAGGCUCUUUCCCGGGACAAAAUCACGCCCAAGAUUGAUAUAUGGUCACUCGGUGUUAUCCUCUAUAUCAUGCUUUCCGGAUAUCCGCCUUUCUUCUCCCAUAAUAAUCGACAAAAGCAACAAAUGAUCACAAGUGGAGAAUUCAGCUUUGAUGAGAAAACCUGGAAAAACAUUUCUUCCUCCGCGAAGCAGUUGAUUUCCAGUCUUCUGUCUGUUAACCCUAACAUGCGCCCAACUGCUCGCGAGAUUGUUGAGCAUCCAUGGGUGACAGGGGCACUAGCGAAACAGGAUGAGAUGGACGCGGAGGUAGUGUCUCGGCUACAGAGCUUCAACGCGAGGCGGAAGUUUCGCGCGGCGGCGAUGGCCAGCGUUCUCAGCAGCAGCUUCUCCUUGAGAACUAAGAAGCUCAAGAGUUUAGUUGGUUCCUACGACCUCAAGCCAGAAGAGCUCGAGAAUCUCAGCCAGAAUUUUAAGAAAAUAUGCAUAAACGGAGAAAAUGCAUCGUUGUCGGAGUUCGAGGAGGUGCUCAAGGCUAUGGAGAUGUCGUCGCUGGUCCCUCUGGCUGCCAGGAUAUUCGAUUUGUUCGACAAUAAUCGCGACGGCACCGUUGACAUGAGAGAGAUCAUCGGAGGCUUCUCCAGCCUCAAAUACUCACAGGGCGACGAUGCUCUCCGCCUCUGUUUCCAGAUGUAUGAUACUGAUCGAUCGGGAUGCAUUAGCAAGGAAGAAGUAGCAUCCAUGCUCAGAGCACUUCCCGACGAUUGUCUUCCGGUGGACAUCACGGAGCCGGGAAAACUGGACGAAAUAUUUGAUCUAAUGGAUGCUAACAGCGACGGAAAAGUCACAUUCGACGAAUUUAAAGCUGCAAUGCAGAGAGAUAGCUCCCUCCAAGACGUAGUCCUCUCCUCCCUUCGCCCAAAUUGAUUCCCAUUCAAUACUUAGAAAUUUGUGACGAUAUUCUUAUUGUCACAAACUUGAGUUCUAAUGCAUGUGGAGUCAUGAAGACAUGAAACAACUUCUUUUACUGUUUGAAAAUCGUUACAUUGAAAACUUGAAA